ACGCUAAUCUCGUUACAUAGACGCACGUUCUUUCGCUGCAACCUUCAUUCUUCAACACUUUCACUGACUUCCACUGUUACCACAGCAAGCUUCUUCAUCUUUGUUUUUUCUUCUUCGCAGCCUCCCUUUCGUUUUCUCCAUAACCUCCACUCUUCUCAUCAUCUUAUGCAUGCGUACCCUUUCUUCACCAAACAACAAUUUCACAAACACUAGAAAAUAACAAGAGCAAGAAACAAGAACAUGUGCUUUUUUUCCUUCUUUCUUGUUAUUUAACCGUGACACGAGUCGUCCAUUGCGGUAUUCUGAUAGACGCGUUCAAAAGGAAAAUACGUUUGCGUGUGGCAUUUAGCCACUGAUGAGUUCAGGUUUCGGACGAUGCGCUGUAUAGAGAAGUCAAGGAGAUGACGGUGUUUUGGAACGUGCUUUGUGGGGAAUCUGGUUGUUCGGAGGCGGGAAGAAUGCCUUGCAGUUAUGACUUUAGACUUCUCAUCGAUCCUUCUACUUGUGUCAACCAUUUGUUGAUCUCUUGCUUUGAUGUGUUAUUACUUAUGAUGCUUGUCUUCAUCAUGAUCCAGAAAUCAACAUUAAAACCAUCUCGGGGUAUAAUACAGGUGCAAAGAUAUUCAUAUUUGCAGACAGUUUCUUCCAUAGCUAAUGGAGUUAUUGGGUUGGUGCAUUUGUGCUUAGGCAUUUGGGUUUUAGAGGAAAAGUUGAGGAAGACCCAAACUGUGUUGCCUUUUGAUUGGUGGUUGCUAGAAAUCUUUCACGGAUUAACGUGGUUGUUGGUGAGUUUAAUGUUAAGUCUUAAGCUGAAACAACUUCCAAGAAGAUGGGCGAGGCUUUAUUCUAUUCUGAUCUUUUUGAUUUCUGGUAUUUUCUGUGCGUCAUCGUUGUUUUAUGCAAUUAGUAGCAGAGAACUAACCCUUAUGAUAGCUUCAGAUAUUCUAUCUUUUCCGGGGGCGAUAUUAUUGUUAUUAUGCACAUUUAAGGAAUCCAGUUAUGGAGACACUAACAGAGAAACUGAUGAAAGUCUUUAUUCCCUCUUAAAUGGCGAGUCUGAUAAAAAAGACUCUAUUCCAUAUGUAACACCAUUUGCCAAAGCGGGGUUCUUCAGUAAAAUGUCAUUCUGGUGGUUGAAUCCAUUGAUGAAAAUGGGUAAAGAGAAAACACUUCAGGAUGAAGACAUUCCAGGGUUACGGGAGGAAGAUCGAGCAGAAAGUCGUUAUUUACUAUUUCUGGACCAACUGAACAGAAAAAAACAAAAGGAUCCAUCCUCGCAGCCAUCAGUUUUGAGGAUAAUACUUUUAUGCCACUGGAGAGAAAUUUUAGCAUCGGGAUUCUUUGCAUUGCUUAAGGUACUUGCAUUGUCUUCGGGACCUCUUCUAUUGAAUUCUUUUAUAUUGGUUGCUGAGGGUAAUGAGAGUUUCAAAUAUGAAGGUUUUGCAUUGGCAAUAUUACUUUUCUUUACAAAAUCCAUUGAAUCCCUUUCUCAAAGGCAAUGGUAUUUCCGCUGCAGACUUAUUGGUCUGAAAGUUAGGUCACUGCUAACUGCAGCCAUUUAUAGAAAGCAAUUGAGGUUAUCCAAUUCUGCUAGAUUGAUGCAUUCUGGUGGUGAGAUAAUGAAUUAUGUCACUGUGGAUGCUUAUAGAAUUGGUGAAUUUCCCUAUUGGUUUCACCAGACUUGGACAACUAGCUUUCAACUAUGCAUCUCAUUGGUAAUUCUUUUUCGUGCUGUUGGGCUGGCAACAAUUGCCUCCUUGGUGGUGAUAGUAAUCACUGUUCUUUGCAAUACUCCACUUGCAAAGUUACAACACAAGUUUCAAAGCAAGCUUAUGGUCGCACAAGAUGAGAGAUUGAAGGCUUGCUCUGAGGCUCUUGUGAAUAUGAAGGUGUUGAAGUUGUACGCAUGGGAAACCAAGUUUAGAAAGGCUAUAGAGAGAUUAAGGAAAGAGGAGCUCAAAUGGUUGUAUGCAGUGCAAUUAAGAAAGGCGUACAACACCUUUCUUUUUUGGUCCAGCCCUGUUCUGAUCUCUACUGCUUCCUUUGGGGCAUGUUACUUUCUUAAUGUUCCUCUGCAUGCAAAUAAUGUUUUCACUUUUGUGGCUACUUUGCGCCUUGUUCAAGAUCCAAUUAGAACCAUUCCUGAUGUUAUUGGGGUGAUCAUUCAGGCAAAAGUUGCGUUUACUAGGAUUGUAAAAUUUCUGGAGGCACCUGAACUGCAGAGUGCAAAUGUCACUAAAAGGUGUCUCAAUGACAAUAUGAGGGGUUCAAUAACAAUCAAGUCUGCGAACUUUUCAUGCGAAAAUAAUGUAUCAGAGCCAACACUGAGAAACAUAAAUUUGGAGGUUAGAUCAGGGCAAAAGGUGGCUAUUUGUGGAGAGGUUGGCUCAGGCAAAUCAACUCUCUUAGCAGCGAUUCUCAGAGAAGUUUCUAUGACUCAGGGAGAACUUGAAGUGUAUGGCAAGUUUGCCUAUGUUUCUCAAACAGCAUGGAUACAAUCAGGAACAGUACGUGAGAAUAUAUUGUUUGGGGCAGACAUGGAUGCUGAAAAAUAUCAAGUAACACUUCAUAGGUCUUCAUUAUUGAAGGACCUAGAGUUGUUUCCCAAUGGCGAUCUCACUGAAAUAGGAGAGAGAGGAGUUAACCUGAGUGGAGGCCAGAAGCAGCGAAUUCAACUUGCACGUGCACUAUAUAAGAAUGCUGAUAUAUAUCUCUUGGAUGACCCAUUCAGUGCAGUUGAUGCACAUACUGCAACAAAUUUGUUUAAUGAAUUCAUAAUGGAAGGACUUGCUGGGAAAACAGUCUUGCUCGUGACUCAUCAAGUUGACUUCCUUCCAGCAUUUGAUUUUGUUUUGUUGAUGUCAGAUGGUGAAAUUAUAGAAGCUGCUCCGUAUCACCAUUUGUUGAGCUCAAGCCAAGAAUUUCAGAACCUUGUGAAUGCCCACAAAGAGACUGCUGGUUCUGACCGGCUUGUGGAUGUCACUUCUUCCCACAAACACUCAAAUAGUUCUAGAGAUAUUAGAAAAACAUCCAUGGAGAAACAAUAUGAAGCAUCAAAAGGCGAUCAAUUGAUUAAGCAAGAAGAGAGAGAAAAAGGAGACCAUGGUUUCAGACCGUAUAUACAGUAUCUGAAUCAGAGCAAAGGAUAUAUAUUAUUCUCUUUGGCUUUUUUUUCUCAGAUAACGUUUGUGAUUGGCCAAAUAUUACAAAACUCGUGGAUGGCAGCUAGUGUUGACAACCCUCAAGUCAGCUCUUUGAAAUUGAUUGUGGUUUACUUGUUGAUUGGAGCUAUUUCAUCAAUAUUCUUGUUGAUCAGAAGUCUUGCUACAGUUGCUUUUGGCCUUCAAUCGUCAAAGUCACUAUUUUUACAGCUACUGAACUCCCUUUUUCGUGCUCCCAUGUCAUUUUAUGACUCCACUCCUUUAGGACGGAUACUUACUAGGGUCUCCUCGGAUCUCAACAUUGUGGACCUUGAUGUUGCAUUCAGCUGUUUGUUUGCUGUGGCAGCUACUUCAAAUUGUUAUGCUAAUCUUGCAGUUUUAGCAGUUGUUACUUGGCAAGUCUUGUUUGUCUCAAUCCCAAUGAUUUAUUUUGCAAUCAGCUUGCAGAAAUAUUACUUUGCUUCGGCGAAAGAACUUAUGCGGUUGAAUGGCACCACAAAAUCCUUUGUAGCUAACCAUCUUGCUGAAUCUGUUGCUGGAGCUGUGACAAUAAGGGCUUUUGAGGAGGAAGAUCGUUUUUUUCAGAAAAACCUUCAUCUAAUUGAUGUCAAUGCUAGUCCUUACUUCCAUAGUUUUGCAGCAAAUGAGUGGUUGAUUCAACGAUUAGAAACAGUCAGUGCUGUUGUUCUCGCAUCUGCUGCACUUUGCAUGGUCGUGCUUCCACCUGGAAGUUUCUCCUCUGGAUUUAUCGGCAUGGCUCUUUCUUAUGGUCUUUCACUUAACGUCUCCUUGGUAUUUUCAAUUCAAAAUCAAUGCAAUGUAGCGAACUAUAUAAUAUCAGUGGAGAGGCUAAAUCAGUAUAUGAAUAUACCAAGUGAGGCACCAGAAGUUAUAGAAGGAAAUCGUCCUCCUGCGAAUUGGCCAGUUGCUGGUCGAGUAGAGAUAAAUGAAUUGCAGAUACGUUACAGGCCUGAUGCACCACUAGUACUGCGUGGCAUCACAUGCACGUUUGAAGGAGGGCACAAAAUUGGUAUUGUUGGCAGAACAGGCAGUGGAAAAUCCACUCUCAUAGGUGCUCUAUUCCGUCUUGUAGAGCCAGCUGGUGGACAAAUAGUAGUUGAUGGCAUAGACAUUUGCUCUAUCGGUCUUCAUGACUUGAGAUCACGCUUUGCUAUUAUACCUCAAGAUCCUACUCUUUUUAAUGGCACAGUCAGAUACAACUUGGACCCCUUAUCUCAACACUCUGAUCAAGAGAUAUGGGAGGUUCUUGGGAAGUGUCAGUUACAAGAGGCUGUCCAAGAGAAAGAAGAGGGAUUGGGAUUAGACUCUUCAGUUGUUGAAGCUGGAGCAAACUGGAGCAUGGGACAGCGACAACUAUUUUGUUUAGGACGUGCUCUUCUACGCAGAAGUCGCAUAUUGGUGCUUGAUGAAGCAACUGCAUCAAUUGAUAAUGCAACUGAUUUGAUUUUGCAGAAAACCAUUCGUACCGAGUUUGAAGAUUGUACAGUUAUCACGGUAGCUCACAGGAUACCAACUGUCAUGGAUUGCACCAAGGUUCUUGCCAUUAGUGAUGGAAAACUGGUGGAGUAUGAUGAACCAAUGAAGUUGAUAAAGAGAGAAGGAUCGCUGUUUGGGAAUCUUGUCAAAGAAUAUUGGUCUCAUUUUCGGUCUGCAGAAUCUCAAUGAGACUGAACAAGAUUUUUGGAAUAGCUGCCAUGUCUUUUUUCCUGUAACAUUGACAAGUCAAGACAGUUUAUUUAGAUUAGAAGUAGGAUGGAAAUGCAUUAUAUUUGGACAAACUAAGAAAAUAGUGCAAAGCUAUUCAGCAGUUGUUGCUUACAAUAUGACAUCUAUAAUUGGAAAAAUCAUUGGAUGUUAUCAGAAGCACCGGUAUCUCUAUCAAUUUUAGCCAUCUGUCUAC